AUGUGUAUAGGGAACCAAGAUAAAAACAACUUUGAAGCUCUAGACAAGACUGAGAACGAGCAAAACCUUACCUCUAAUGACGAUUUCAACUCACAGCUUGACAGUAUUAUUAACUGUAGUAACGAUGUUGAAUCAUCUCCUAUUUCCAACGGGGCUGCUAACAAUUCCAGUGUUCUACGCGACUGUGUAGUCGAUCAAGGGUCCAGUCAUGAGACUCCAGAAACCGAAGAUUGUAGGGAGGACAAUGAAGAAGAGCUUACUGUUUUGCAUCCCGAUCAUCCACUAAUGAAACGCUUUCAAGAGGCUCUCAAAAAGAUGCUAAAGGAACACAUUUCAAAAGCUGCUAUUGAGCUUCGUGAAAAGACGGAAGAACUGAAACGCGUCAAAAGCAUUCACCUGGAAUUGGGCUCCGAGUUGUACAAUGCUCAACAAGAACUUUCUAAAUUUCAAUCUCAAUUACAAAAGAAGCAUGAGGAAAAUUUGGAACGACAGGCACGGCGUGUGAAAAUGGACGAACAAUUAACAGUGCUGCACAAACAAUUUAAAAAGACCCAAAUGGAUUAUAAUUUGGAGUACAAAAAGAUGAUUGCGAUGCGAGAGGAGGUUGACAAUCUGGCGUUGCGUCUUUUCUACUUGAACAAUGCCAAACUCGAAGUGAAGAGUGAUAUCAAUAUCAUGCAGAGAGCGGCUGAAAAGGCGUCAACGGAAUUAUCAAGGGCAGAAGAGGAAAAACUUCAUCAAGAUAUGGUGGCACAUCGAAUGCAGCGAACUGUUGACCAGCUGACCGAGGACUGUGAGCUGCUAAAAGAACAGCUAGUUGCAGCUGAGGAGGAGUUAAGAUCCGGUGAAAGUAUGUUAAAAGACAUGGAGAGUCAGGUGUUUGGUAUUAAAACUGAUCGGAAGCGACUCAUGGUUCACUGGACAACCAGUUUGAUUGGUCUUCAGCGCAGGAAUGAGGCCUACGCCGAGCUCAUGAAGGACUUUGAGAAGAAGCAAGAUGAGCUGACGAAGGUAACCUCCGAGACGGAGGGCAUCAAAAGGGAUAUCACGGCCGAGCAGGAAAAGCAUGAGCGCUUGACACUGCAGUUACAUCGCACUCAAGGAGACAUUGAGAGCGCGAAAAAAGAACUGGAGCGUCUCCAGGCGAGCCACGAGGAGAUGCGCAAGGAGUAUGCACAGACGCAGCGUAUUCUUAGCGAGUCGGAGCGAAAUCUUGAAAAUGCGAAUUCGAUCCAGCGCGAUCUUAACCAGGAGGCAAAGCUGCUGCAGAAACGCCUAGAGAAGGAGUUAAUAAAAAAGCAUGAGUUGGAGGAUCGAAUUGACGUUCUUCUGCGUGAUAAACUCUCUGCCACGAAGGCUUCUGCCUAUGUCAAGAAAAUGGCUACCAAUGUGCACGAUCAGAGUCGAGAAUUGGAGGCUCAGGCAGCAGUACUAGAAAAUAAUUUGGCCAAUGAAGCUCUUGAAGUUGCUCAAAUUCGAGCGGAGACAAAGGUUAUGGAGGAGCAAGCUCAAGCACUAGAGAGUGCGAUCAAAAAACGCGCCGAAAAUUUUGCCUCUCUACAGCAGAAAAUCAAACAGACCAAUCUUACGGUUCAACGCAAGCAGAAUCAUAUUGAUGUGCUCAAUCGCAAGCUGCAACAUCUGUUGAAGGAUACCGGGGGUAUUGAAAUAGGACCCCUGGAGAUUAUGCGAAAUCACUUGGUAAAAAGCAUUGCAGCCAAACAGGAGGAGAUCAGCACUCUGGAACAGCAGUGGCUACGCGAACAGACUGAACUCAUUAAUCGAGUGAAAGAGAAGGAAAAUCUCGCUGAGGAGCUCUCCCGCCAACAGGUCUGUCUGGCCGUCUUGGAGAGGAAGAAAUUGCGGCUUGACUCUGAAAUAAAUAGUAUUGAGAAAGAGAAGACACAGUUGAACCGCGACUUGGUGCACCUGCAGAACAGCAUGGUGAGGUUGAACAAACGGAUCUUUGAGCAGCGAUCCAGUGGGACUACGUUGGAACAAGAGAACCGGCUAGCGGAGGAAGACUUUUUGCGACGCAUUCGAGAGAAGGAGACACAGGCGGUGGAGACCGAGGCUCAGUUGGAGGAUGCUCUACGGGAAAAGGAGGAUUUAUUAGCAGAAUUGCUGGAGACAGAACGUCACAUACUGUUGUGGGAGAAGAAGGUGGAGCUGGUCAGUGAGACACGUCAGGCCGUUGACUCAGCCAGUGGUUUAGCGGAGUUGAAGGCCAUUCGUGUAGAGAUCCAUCGCAUGGAGGCACGCAAAGCGCAGAUCGCUCGACAACAGGAGCAGCUAAUUCAAGCGCUGGAAAAGUCGGUCCAAAAGCGUGAUUCUAUCAUAACACGGAACGAGUGUGCAAAGUCUGUGAAAGCUAAGGAAGCACUGACGAAGAACACUCUACUUCGUGAAAUUGAAAAUCUUCGCGGCAAGAUACUGGAUUACAAGAAGACAAUCGCUGAGUUCGAUGACGAGUCGGGGAGACUUGAGGCUGAAUCAAAGAGGCUUGAAAGUGAUUUGGAGGCCAAGUACUGCGCAUGUGAAACUGUUCGAAAGCGAUCAGUCGAGUUGACAAAGCAGUUGCAGCAAUUAGCAGAAUAUCGACAAAAGAAUCUCAUCGAGUUGCAGAUGCGUCAGCACGCCUCGCGGUACUGGGAACAGCUGUUAGCUGGUCGCUAUCGCCGCAUUUGCCCCACGCGGCAGGCGGCGCGCAGUGAACGUGAACGUCAAAUCGGCCGAAUGCGCUCCAUGCUGGCGGUAGUGGACCGACUAACCUCUGAGUUUCCUAUGGUCAGACAUGAUCUUUCAGUUGUGCGGCAAAUACUGACGGAGAAGUUGGAAAAGGAGGAGAACUCAGACGUUACAGAGUCUCAGACUGACCGCACUGAAUAG